CGCAGAAGUCGGCGCUUUAAAACAAGUCUUGAGGAGGGAACAUGAAGACAGUUGCAGGUGGACUUCAAUAACAGUCGAGGACGAGCAGCUGUCAAGUUCUCAUGGGAGGUAGCUGUGGUUGAGAUGCACCGCCGAGGCGCUGCAGGAUGAGACAGCCGUCGUGGUCGCCAUGACUCUGAGGUCCACACUGUUUCCACAUACGGGAUUCAAACAGGACGCAGACACCACCGACUUCGACCAAGCGAGACCAGUGAGCAUCAAGAGGGAGUCCUGCGACUUCGUCAUAGAUGUUCAAAACGCACACGGGGGCGAGAUCCCGAGCAGAUCCAGAGACUUAGAGCAGAAUUACAUGACAAGCAAAGUGUCCCUCGCGCCCACGGUUGCAGAAGUAGUUCAAGGAGACAGUAACAGUGUGGGGAUAUUGUCCCUGGUGAGACAAAUGGGGGGUGAGGGAACCCCAGUGAAAGGCAAACCCCUCUCUGCUGACAAUAUGGAUAACCCUCAGAUGGCUCUGAACAACAACCCCAAGGAUGCAGGUGCAGAUGACAGCGUGAAGGGGGUUGUCCUCCCCGGAGUCCUCGGCACCGCAUCCAUUGAGCUCUCCUCUGAAGGCAAGUGGAGGAACAUCAGGAAGACCCCCGCCAAUCCCCACACACAGGCCAACUGCCUCCGGCAGAUUCUCCUCCUCCAACUGGACCUCAUUGAACAACAGCAACAGCAGCUGCAGUCCAAGGACAAGGAGAUAGAUGAGCUCAAAGCAGACAAGGAGACGCUUCUUGCGCGUAUUGAGCGCAUGGAGCGUCGCCUGCAGCUGACUAAGAAGGACCCGCCACGCGACAAGCGCCUUUUCCAGCCCCUGGAGCCAUGGACCCCCGACAAAGAGGACAUGUGGGAUAUGGAUGUUGAGGAGGGUUCGCAGCCCAACACGACCACUCCGCUCCAGUUUAGUCGGGGUGGUAAAGGUCAAAAGAGGAAAUCUUGCUUUGGAGAUGCAAAAGUCCAGAAAUCACGAGGCAAAAGCGCCAAGCUCAGCCCCCAGAAGUCUGAAAUUCAGCCGUGCUCUCCCAAUCAGAGAGAGCUGCGCAGUAAGGAAACCCCAGAGAAGAGCGUUCCCAUACGGUCGGGGUCAGAACGGGACCUCAUGCUCCCGUGCAAAGAGGAGCCCAAGCUGAGCGGUCAGAUUGAAGACCUGCCCUUCAUGUCUACUACAGAGAUGUACCUCUGUUGCUGGAACCAACCUCCUCUUUCGCCUCUGCGUGAGACUUCCCCUAAAAAGGAAGAAGAGGUGGCCAGUGAGUGGACUCCUCAUGUAGUACAUGAUAUGCUGAUUGUUUUUCCAUCGUGGAGAGAAAAUCCUAUCGAGCCUCUGGACGAGGACCCCUCCUUUAUACCGCCCGAGCCGCUGGACGACAAUGUGUUUUUGAAACGCCACUCGAAGCUGGAGUUGGAUGAGAAGAGGAGGAAAAGGUGGGACAUCCAGCGAAUCAGAGAGCAGCGCAUGUUUCAGCGUCUGCAGCAGCGCAUGAACCGGAAGAAGGUCGUCCCGGAGACGGAGCCAGAGCUCUCGUCCUUCUAUCCCGACACGGAAGAUGUUGAAACGAUCGUGAUCACUCCCUUCCUGCCUGUGGUUGCGUUUGGCCGGCCGCUGCCCAAACUCUCACAACAGAACUUCGAGCUGCCCUGGCUGGACGACCGAAGCCGCUGUCGCAUCGAGGUGCCCAAAAAACACACUCCUCAUCGGACCUGUCGGAAGUGAAGCCCUGUUGUGACAGCGGAGAGAUGCCACUCCAUGCCCGGAUUAGAAAAUGCUAUAUUUGUCUUGCCUGGUGUGUGGGGGGGGGGGACAAGUCGCUAUGUAUAACUGCUGUUGCUUUCAGUCUGAAGUCUCACCGCUGACCAGCUGAUCUGCAGAAUAUUAUACAAGCAUGGCAGAUAGUUCGAUGUUUUUUGGUCUCGUUCUGAUAAAAAGGGAGAUUAAAAUGCAACAAGAUUACAGUCCUCCGCAUUAGCAGCUGUUUGAAGACGCCACAUCAGUUUGUACUCUAUGAACGGUCAUGUGCAUGUUCUGUAACACGUUUAAAAUACAUUUUGUAGCAGCAAAACGGAUCUCAUCACAUAAAAGUGGAGCUUUCUGUCACUUAUGCAGCUGACGGGAGAAAGUGGACUCUAAUCUUGAGCGCAUUCAUGUCGGCGGUAAAAAAACAAACCUUUUGACCUGAAAGUCGAGCUUGUGCUGUACGUUAGGAGCAAUAUGCAGACUAACUUUCUGUUCUGGGUCGUCCUGCCACACAAUAUCUAAACCUGACUGUCGUGCUGUGUAUUGCCUUUAUCGCUGUUCGCACACAACUUCAAAUACGACUUUAUCAAUGUUUGGUGUGAUAUCGGGAGGUUUGAGCCGCACUCGGCAUGAUUUCUUCUGAAAUAAUCGCAGUUCUAGUUCGAGAAAUUUUACAAAAAAAGCAACCAAAUGAUUGUUCUGUGUUCCUGGUUUGCUUCAUGGUAACAGCAGCAUGGAUACUUCGACAGGUGGUCAAAGCCCAGUGUUCUGUUCCCUGCUCUGUUCCUAUUCAUUUGUUUUUAACGUGAGUUGCAUGGACUCUUAUUUAGCAGUUUCUAAAUAAAUAAAAAACACGGUAGCAUGGCUUCAGCCCUCGACUGGAGAAGACUCUCCGCUCAUCGGGCUGCAAACUGUCGUCGUUGAAAGCAUGAAUGGCUGCUCUGUUCAGCGAGAGCUGUUCAUCACGACGCCGUCUGAUAAUAACAAAGUACAGCUUUGAUCUUCGCAGUACGCUUACAUGCAGUAAAUAUUAGGCAGGUUGUGUGUAUGCAUUUUGGUCUCCAGUUAUCUGACGUUCAAGGGAACCGUUGUAGACUAUCAAUACGCUUUCUAGCUGUAGUUCUGUAGAUGUUCGACAUGCUGCCGGUUAAAUCUCUCCCUCUGUGAUACAAACCGUGUUUUCUUCUCUGCUCGACCUCUUUAAACAUGCGAUGCAACGGGCUGUCUGUGGAGGCAGCUUUUGGAAAUGCAAAAAGUUGAUUAUUUCUUUUUUUUAGUUUUUUGUACAUAGCUUCCAGAAACAAAUGUACAUAAAACAUGGCUGUUAUUUUUUUAUUAUUUAAUGUUGGAAGUGUUGAGUACAUUCAAUAUUGUUCUAUGAUUGUAUGUUGACAAAUUGACAGUUUUGAAAGUUAAAUUUUUUUGGAAUAAAAUGAACAUGUCUACGAUAUUCUGGAUGUUUGUGGUUUGAUCGAAUGGGAAGAAAUUGGGGCAGAUAUUUGAUAUUUAAAAAUAAUCUGAUGUGAUGCUAUGUAGAGUUAAACUUACAUUAAAGCAUUGAUGCUACAGAGCUGUCUGCAGACCAACGUUGUCGCUAUCGCAUUGCAUGGUGGGAUAUUUAUUCAUUAGACUCCAGAGCCACUGAAGAGAAACUGUUUUCAAAGGCUCAGAAGUUCUUUUCAUGAUUAAUAAACUGAACAACCAAUUAGUUAAAUUGUGAAAAAAAAGUUUAUUGAAUAAAGAAAAUCGAAAACGGGACAGUUUCUCAAAAACAAA